GUGGGUGAAAUGAAUCAGGCGUCGCUCUACGAACGCGCCAACCAGGUGCAGCGUCACGAUGCCAAGAUUAUACUGGAGGAAUACGCCACGAUACUUCAGUGGCGCUCCGAUGGACAGGACAGUUUGUUGGACGUUGGCUCCGGGCCGGGCAAUGUGCUGAUGGAUUUUGUGCAUCCGCUGCUGCCAAAGGGCUAUCAGCAGCUGGUCGGCACAGAUGUCUCCAAUAAGAUGGUGGGCUAUGCCAACAAGUGCUACGAGAGCUAUGCGAGAACCCAGUUCCAAGUGCUGGACAUUGGCUGCGAUCGCCUACCCGAUCAUCUCAAGGGUCGCUUCGAUCACGUCACUUCAUUCUACUGCCUGCAUUGGGUGCAGAAUCUCCGGGCUGCAUUGGGCAACAUUUACAGCCUGCUGCGAAAUGAGGGUGGCGAUUGCUUGCUUGUCUUCCUGGCCAGCAAUCCGGUCUUUGAGGUGUACAAGGUGCUGCAUGCCAACAAGAAGUGGGCCCACUACAUGCAGGACGUAGAUCAGUUCAUUUCACCCCUCCAUUAUAGCACUAAUCCCGUCGAGCAAUUCACCCAACUGCUCAGCGAAGCGGGCUUUAUUCAUCACAAUGUUGAGCUGCGCAGCGAAGUAUUCGUUUACGAAGGAGUCAACACAUUGAAAGACAAUGUUAAGGCCAUUUGCCCGUUUCUGGAGCGCAUUCCAAGCAAGCAGCACGAAGAGUUUCUGGAUGAUUUUGUUGAUGUGGUUAUCGCCAUGAACCUUCAACAGGAUCUAGUUCAAGAUCACAAUAACGAUCGGUUGCAGCAACGCUUCAUAUCGCCCUACAAACUAAUCGUGGCCUAUGCCAGAAAAUCUCCAGACUUUCUGCGCAAUAUGCUCAGCGAGAUGGGCAUAAAGAAGAGUUCAAAGGGUCUGGAAUGAAAGAAAAUGGACUCCCUUAGAAAUUAGUUCCUAGUAGGUGUAUUGGCAUAAAAAAACCGCUAAAGAAGCUAAAUUAGACACAUCUAAACAGUGAGAAGUUAAAGGUAUGUGAACCCCUUAUUAACCGUAUAUCUUGAGAAUUAUUUAUACUAUGAAUAAUUGAAAUAACAAAGCCUUAAAUAAAGCAUAAUUUAGUAAAAGAAAUAUUGCUUAUUUAUAAAAUCUAACAGACAAAAUUCUCAUUAUUAAACCCAAGUGAUUUAAAGCUGAUAAUAUAUUAAGUUAGUAUAUAAGAUAUCUAGUAAAUGCAGAGCAGAUCUGUA